ACCACAGUCAAUCUACCUUCAUCUUACACCCCUUUAAUUUCUUCACAACCCAAAAUUCAAGAAAACCCAGAAAACCCCAGAAUUCAUCAAUGGAGUCUGAAUCAUCGUCGGUGGUUUCCGAGCUGGAAGGGACGCUAUUGAAAGACCCCUCGCCCUUCUGCUACUUCAUGCUGGUGGCGUUUGAGGCGUCGGGGAUAAUCCGGUUCGCUCUGUUGCUGAUUUUGUGGCCGGCGGUUCGGUUUCUGGAGAUGUGCGGCCGCGGGGAGGCGGGGAUGAAGGUGGCGAUCUUCGUGGCGACGGCGGGGGUGAAGAUGGCGGAGAUUGAGGCGGUGGCGAGGGCGGUUUUGCCCAAAUUUUACUUUGACGAUGUUGAUUUGGAGGCUUGGGGGAGGUUUUGUUUGUUUAGGAGGAGGGUUGUGGUUUCGAAGAUGCCGAGGAUUAUGGUGGAGAGGUUUGCUAAGGAGCACUUGCAGGCCGAUGAUGUGGUCGGGAGUGAACUAGCGGUGAAUCGGUUUGGAUUCGCGACUGGAUUUGUUAAAGAGGAUUUCGGUGUCUCCAUUUGUAGAGAUGUUUCUAGGUUGUUUGCAGAUGAUGAUGAUCAACCCUGCUUGGGUAUGGGAAGACCUCAAUCUUCUUCUUCAUUCCUUCCCUUAUGCAAGGAAGAGUUGCAUCCGCCAUUUAUGAGCGGGAAGAAGAAUGGCGGCGGGGAAGUAAUAAAGCCACUACCGGUGAUCUUCCACGACGGCCGCCUGGCAAAGCGGCCGACACCAGGGACGGCGCUGCUGAUUCUAAUAUGGAUACCGAUUGGGAUUUUACUGGCUGCAAUUCGUAUUGGAUUAGGGCUACUUCUUCCAAUAUGGAUUAUUCCGAUCAUAGCUCCGUUGUUAGGAGGCAAAGUCAUCGUGAAAGGCAAGCCGCCGCAGCCGGCGGGUUCCGGCAACGGUGUGCUCUUCGUCUGCACUCACCGAACCCUAAUGGAUCCCGUGGUUCUCUCCGCCGUUCUCCAGCGCAAAAUCCCGGCGGUGACCUACUCAAUUUCGCGAUUAUCGGAAAUCCUCUCGCCGAUCCCGACGCUCCGCCUCACGCGCAGCCGCGACCUCGACGCCGUGAUGAUCACGCACGAGCUCGAGAAAGGAGACGUCGUCGUUUGCCCCGAAGGGACCACGUGCAGGGAACCGUUUCUGUUACGAUUCAGCGCACUUUUCGCGGAAUUAACGGACCGGAUCGUACCCGUCGCGAUGAACACUCGGGUCGGGUUCUUCCACGCAACCACCGCGAGAGGUUGGAAAGGCAUGGACCCAAUCUUUUUCUUCAUGAACCCUAGGCCGGUUUACGAGGUCACGUUUUUGAACCAGUUGCCGGCGGAAGCCACGUGCUCGUCGGGGAAAAGCCCCUACGAUGUCGCCAACUACGUGCAGAUGAUCUUGGCCGCCACCUUAGGGUUCGAGUGCACUAAUUUUACGAGGAAAGACAAGUACAGAGUUCUCGCCGGAAAUGAUGGAACGGUAUUUUCCGGUAACUCCGCCGCCGGCUACGGCGUUGAAAGACUGGCUUGCGCUUUCAAGAAGGUGGUGGGUACUUUCAAGCCUUUUAUUCACUGAAACAAGCAAAAUGAACUUAUAGGAGGACCAUAUUUUUAUAUUUUUAAAAUAUUAUUAUAUGUAUUAUACUUUUUCCCCCCAUUUUGUGUAAUUAAGCGGACAAGCAAGGUUUGUAAUUUUAUUUUUAUUAGCGAUUUUGUUUUAGUUUGAUAUUUUUUUAAUGAAGUGUUCAAUAAUGUAUUUAAA